AUGACGACAAGUACAACGGAAAAGGCGCUCGAAGACCGCGCCAAGUCGCUUCACAAGAAGGAGAAGAAGGCUGCCGCCAAAGCCGCCGCCGCCGCUGCAGCUGCCGGUGCCUCGGCCUCGACCAGCCUCGAAGGCUCGCCUUCCCCCGCUUCGCCUCCCAAGAAGGAAAAGAAGGACAAGAAAGACAAGAAGAGAUCCGCAGAUGAUGGUGACAUCUCCGUAGUGGACGACGAGAAGGCGGCCAAGAAGCGCAGGAAGGAGGAAAAGAAGGCCAAGAAAGCGGCGGCCAAGGCGAGCGCUGCGACCUCGAUCGAGUCGACGCCUGCCGCCACCCCUGCUCCUGUUGCUUCGACAUCCGCAGCAUCCUUCACGCCGACCAACCCUGCCGCGGCACGAGCGUUCCUCGAGACGAACAACAUCACCAUCGAGGCACCUGAGGAGUCAAAUGAGCGCCCGCCGCUGCCCAUGGUCGACUUCCGCGAGCUGGAGGGAAAGAUCGAUGCGGCCGUCAAGAAGACGCUCGAUGCACAAGGUUUCACCACUCCGACACCUAUUCAGGCUUGCUGCUGGCCUGUACUGCUGCAGAACAAGGAUGUGGUCGGUAUCGCAGAGACGGGGUCAGGAAAGACAUUCGCAUUCGGUCUGCCGGCGCUGCAACAUCUGGUGACCAAGCACAAGGUGCUCAAGGGCGACAAGAAGAAGAGCAAGGGCGCACAGGUCAAUGUGCUCGUGGUCGCACCGACGCGAGAGCUGGCGAUCCAGACCGAGGAGAACAUGGCCAAGCUGGGCAAGUCGAUGGGUAUUGGUAUGAUUUGCCUGUACGGAGGUGUCUCGAAGCAGGAGCAGGUGCGACUGCUCAACCAGACGCCCACGGUGCGCAUCGUGGUCGGCACACCUGGUCGUGUUCUCGAUAUGGCGAGGGACGGCUCGCUGGAUCUCUCGGGCGUCUCUUUCCUGGUACUGGACGAGGCGGAUCGAAUGCUCGACAAAGGCUUCGAGCCCGACAUUCGUGCCAUUAUCGGCAUGUGCAAGUCGCGCGAGGAGGGCCGUCACACAUCCAUGUUCUCGGCGACAUGGCCACCUGCGGUUCGCGGUCUCGCCGAGUCAUUCAUGAACGGUCCUGUCCGCGUUACUGUUGGUUCCGAUGAGCUCUCUGCCAACCGUCGUGUCCAUCAGACGGUCGAGGUUCUCGCCGAUGGCUAUGCUAAGGAGCGCCGACUCAACGACUUCCUGCGCUCCGUCAACGCCCAGCGCUCCAAGGACAAGAUCCUCAUCUUUGCGCUGUACAAGAAGGAAGCGCAGCGUAUCGAGCAGACGCUCCGUCGUGGUGGCUUCUCCGUCUCCGGUAUCCACGGUGACCUGGGCCAGAACGAACGCAUCGCCUCUUUGGAACGAUUCAAGACGGCCGAAACCCCUUUGCUCGUCGCCACCGAUGUCGCCGCCCGCGGUCUCGACAUCCCCAAUGUCGAGCACGUUAUCAACUACACCUUUCCACUCACCAUCGAGGACUACGUCCACCGCAUCGGCCGAACCGGUCGUGGCGGUAAGACGGGCAAGAGUCUCACGUUCUUUACCGAGAUGGACAAGGCGCAUGCGGGCGAGCUGAUCCGGGUGCUCAAGGACGCCGAUCAGAAGGUGCCCGACGAGCUCACCAAGUUCCCCACCACCAUCAAGAAGAAGACUCACUCGAGCUACGGUGAUCACUUCAAGGAGCUCGUGCCUGGCAAGGCCAAGAAGAUUACUUUCGACGAUUAG